AUGGUUCCAACACCUUUUUCUUCGCCAUUGCUUGUGGAUACAAAACCUCUCUUUCCAAUUCUUCCCUUCUUGCACGAAAAUUUUGAAAUAUUCCAGAAUUCAACAAAUUAUCACACGAACGGAACCAAUUCAUCAUGGUUGUAUUCGGAGUGGUUUGGAUGGAUUGGUGUUGCUGUUUGCAUUCUCACAUGGGGAACCUUUACAGCUCCGCUAAAAAUCAAAUACGUCCGAGAUGUCAAUUUUGAUCCCAUGAUUUACCAAUUCUACUUUUCUGCUGUUGUCUUUCUUCUCAGUUUUCUUGUUCUUGCUUGGAAUGAAUGGUAUUUCUCUUGGUAUGGUGUGGCAGGUGCUGCCAUUUGGAUUCCUUCUUCAAUCUUCUCAAUUGUAGCUGUGGAUAAAUUGGGUUUGAGUGUGGCUCAAGGAUUGUGGAGUGGAGUGGUUAUUCUUACAAAUUUCAUAUGGGGUGUGACGUUGUUUGAGAGCAAAAUUGGAAAUUAUUAUUUGACUGCUUUGGGAUUGGUGUUGAUGAUAUUGGGAAUUGUUGGAGUUGCCACUUGUAGUAAAUGGAAUGUUAUUACGACAACAACCAAUAAGGAAAAUUCAACAACUAAGGAGGAUGAUCUCGAGAAGAAGGGACUCAUAGAGGAUGAAAGUUUGGCGAGUGUGACAGUCACUCAACAUCAUUCUCAAGAAACAACGCCGUUAUUUGGAAAAAAUCAAUCCUAUGAUCCUGCAAUGAAUAAUGAUAACACAACACCAAACUAUGGAGGAGUUAUGAGUCACCUCGAUCAUCUCAUUGCUCAAGAAGAGGCUUCUCUCCAUGAUCAUGCACAACAGGAAUCAUUGAUUCAUCGAGGUGACGCUUAUGGAGCUUACCCAUCAAGUUCCUUAAAUGCCACUAAGGAAGAAUACAUGAACAAUGACGACAUGAAUCGUCACAACAAACGAAAGCAACGCAUUCUUGCUCUCCUUAAAAAUUCCAAAGAUUACUUUAUUGGAAUUCUGGCAGCAGUUGCUUGUGGUAUUACGGGCGGAUCAAUGUUUGUACCCUCACGAUUGGAUAGUGACAGAGGAAGUGUCUAUAUGGUUGGAUUUGGAAUUGGAUCUAUGGGAAUUACAAGUAUCAUGCUCGUGGUGUAUUAUUAUUAUUAUUUCUUUCGAUACAAGAAGGAGUUGAGUUUUUAUCCAAAGUUGUCCAUCUUUCCUUGUUUAACCGCCAUGUUAUGGCAAACGGGAAACUUUUUUGCAGCUUUUGUGAGCGCAGGACCACUAGGAUUGACCAUUGGAAUGCCACUGACAGAGACGUCCUUGGUGGUGGCUGGUUUGUGUGGAUUGAUUUUCUUUAGAGAGUUGAAAGGAUGGAAAGCGAUUGUUCAGUUCUUUGUAAGCACAUUGAUCAUGUUGGUUCCUGGGUGUAUUUUGUUGGCCUUGUUCGGAAAGACUUGA